AUGAACGCGGCCACCACGGAAAUCACUUCCGUCGCGAGCAGCCCCAUGUGUACCAGCAAAUACCAGCACCACAGUCAGCAGCAGUAUCGCCACCACGACCGGCACCGACCGAUUGCCAAGUAUUCGCAGAAAGCAGACUACUCCGACCAGUUCGCCCUUCGAAGAUAUGCUGCUCCAGUGGCAUCCUGGAUUGCCUACGGCCCAAAGGGCCGGGCUCCAAAAGUGAAAGAGCUAAAGCUCCUGAAAAAGUUCAUGGACAAGAUGGAUGGUAAGCCACUGCCUUCUCGAUUAGCCAAUGUCCUCGCAGACAUGAAGGCCGUUCUCCAGUGUCUCCCGACGAGGCCUGCCGAUGGAUCCUGGAAUGAGGCAGAAAAGGAGCUGCGAAAAAGUUUCCGCAAGUUGCGCCGGCGAUGCAUUGAAUCUGUGGCUGAGACAGUAAUGGUCGGCGCAGAUUGUGGCAGUGCUGAAGCAGAGCUGAAAGCCGAGCAGGACGAUGUCAUACAAACCGGUGAAGCCGAUGAUCCGACAUCUCCCGGUACAUCUGCCAGGUCUGACCAGCACCUUACGCUGUUUCGCAAGAUGAAUGAGUGGGGCUUUUUGGAUGACGCCCAGAAGCUGGAGCGCUUGCAGCAAGCCGAGCAGGCGGCCGGCGACCAAGGAGGAGGGAGCUUAAGUCAAGACCGCCUGGCAGAUGCGGUGACCAUGGCUGCAGCUUGCCUUGCAGCUCCUCGCAGACAAGCGAGGUUGCAAGAUGCUUGUUCUGAAAACCUGGGCGAAGCUAGAGCUGUUCUAGAAUCACCGCAGGGUGACAAUACUGAUCUACAGAGAAGGGUGCGGUCCUUGUUGCUGCACACCCUAAGCAUGUGGCGAACGUACCAGUGCGAUUGUGAAGCCAUCGAACAUGUCCUGGAUUGCGUGCAACAGAAGAUCAACAAAUUCGAGAACAAGGUUGGGGAGAUUCAAGGUGCUGCUGCGGGGAAGGCGUGGCUAAAAAUCAAGCAGAUCGUCGACGAGCUGCUGCUACAGGUAAGGGCACCUCCAAACCUGCAUGCGCAAGGUGCAACAAAGGCCGAAGCCGAAUCUGCUCACAAGUUCAGAACAAGACAGGAGCGCCAGAGUGGUAUACAGAACAUUUGCUGGCAGGGGCAAAAGAUGGGCUGGCAAUGCCAAAUAGGCUCCAGGCAAGGCAGACAAGGUACUGGUAGGAAAGCUCGCUUGUUUCCAAUUUCCAGGUUUCUGGAGCAGGGUCUCGGCGAGGAGGCGGCUGUCGAGGCCGCGCUGCAGGAAGCCAAAGCGUACCGCGAGGAGCUCGUGCGCCAGGGCAAGUUGAAGCCCCCGACGCCGAAGAAAGCCGGUGUAGUCUUUGACAAAUCCUACCAGAAGUGGCGGGUGCAUUUGUACCAUCCCGUCGACAAGAAGAAGCUGAGCGGUGGUUACUUCGCUAGCAGGGAGGAAGCCGAGGUGAAGGCCCGGGAGAUGGCUAGGCAGUACGGGGUUCCAUCCGAUUUCGCGGUGACACCGGCGAAGAGAAGCACAGCUGAAGUGCAUUGA